CUACAUCUUGCACUUCUGGAAUCACCUGCAUUCACUGUUCUGCAUGUGUCUGUGAUGGUUGAUUCGUGCUCAAGAUGCGCUUGCAGGGCACCGGCUCCAACGUUUGGUGUUGAGAUGUAGCCAGAGGCGACAUCUAAUCAGGCGGCCUGCGGAACUCGAAUGUGAAGUGGAUGUGUCCCAGAUUCUCUAAGUCUGACGCUAGGACCCAUACGUUGAUGUACAGCUGGCUUUCUUGUCACACCUUCUCUUCACUUGCUCGCUCGUGCACGCGCCCGUCCGGUCGCCUUCCUGUCUGGUCUCUCUUGGCGCUGUCCGAUCUGAGGCCAGCCCUUGCACACGGGCGUUCACCUGCUAGCAUGCAGCGACCGUGAGUGUGAACUCCCCAGCUGCAGUCGCGUUGGGCGACUGCGUCAGCGAGAGCUGAAGGAUACGAGCUUUUCGUAAUGAGCGGUUUCUCCGCUUUCAGCGCCUUUCCUGCGCCGAAAGAGAACACCAACGCUGCGGGGGUUAGCUCAAGUGAGCCUAAUGGGCAAGGGGCUGCGAGAGGCGCGUCGAAUGUGACUGCCCAACGAGAGACAGCAUUCUCAGCGUUUGGUCAGCCUCCGACAGAUCACGCGUUCGGAGGAGCACAUCUAGCAGCUGGCAAUGCGUUCUUCAAUGCCCCUUCUACUUCUGCUGGAAGUGCGCUUGGCAGCUCUACUUUUGGCGCGUCCAGUCCUAUUGCGGUAUCCUCUCCAAUAUCGUCCAGCAUGCCCGGGUCCCGCACGCAGUCACCGCUGCUCAAGCCUCAGGAUACCAUCACUUGGAGAGAUAUCAAGAGUACGCCAGGCACACCGCCUUUCGGUCCCGCAAAGGGCCUUCCGCAUGCUGGAUCUCUUGGCGGAUCCUUUGCGGCAGCCAACGAUGUCCGUCUCCAGCGCUUCUCGUCGGCGGCGACAGACGGCAAAGAUGAUGCUGUCACGCUCUUCCACGCGAUGAGGAAGCAAAGGGAGGGACUACGCACGCAAUACAUCGCUGCUGGAAUCUUGCCGGAUCCAACCAAGGCGCAGGAGCUCGAGAGCGCGCAAAAGUUCCUGGGCACGUGUCCAGACAUGUGUCCCCAAUUCGAACGCGUGGAGCGUGAGAUGCAGAAGGAACUCGACGCCCUGGAGGUUUAUCCCGGAACAGCAAAGUGCAAUCCAGAAAUCGCUGUCAAGAUCUAUCGACGUCCUGCAGCUGGUAGAGAAGUUCCUUUGCCAGAGGAUGUGCGCCCUCCCGAAGUACUCAAGACCACGCUUGACUACCUCUUCCACGAUCUCCUACCUUCUGGACCUUUUGACCCAACCUUCAAUCAAGUGCAGGCGUUUGUAUGGAAUCGCACACGAGCUAUCCGGCAGGACUUCAUCGUCCAGAAUGAACGCGGCCGCCUAGCGAUCGAGUGCCACGAAAGGAUAGCACGGUACCAUAUCUUGACUCUCCACUUCCGAGGAGGUCUUGUGGGUUCUGACGGGACCAUGCGGGAUACUACAGAAAAUACGGACGGGACUCGAUCGGAGAACAUGUGGAGUGAGCAACAGGAACUUGAACAGCUUCGCAAGACGUUGCGCUCUCUCAUCGAGUUCUACGACGACAAGCGCGUCGCCGAAGGAGACAUGGAGGCACCAGCAUCUCAAAAUGAGGGGGAAUUCCGCGCAUACAAUCUGCUCUUGCAUCUCCGGGAUCCAGAAACAUUGCGUGAGGUCGAGUCUCUGCCUGAAGGCGUAUUUAUGCACCCUUUCGUUCAAUCGUCUUUGCGCCUUCGACGCUACGCCCAGAAGUCAAACAACAUUGUGCGCCGAGGCCAACCGCGGAAUGAAGAGGCGACGCUGAACUGGUUCUCGCGCUUCUUCCGGGAGAUCCGCAGCAAGGAUGUUGGCUACUUGCAAGCUUGCCUCGCCGAAAAUGCCUUCAGCGAAGUCAGGGUUGGGGCCUUCAAGGCUCUUGCGAGAUGCUUCCGCAAACAAUUCAAACCGCUGCCUACUUCAUGGGUUGUCGACGCCCUCGGUUUCGAUGACGCGCAGCAAGCGAUCGAUGUUGCGAGGCAGUACGGACUUCUGGUGGAGCUCGAUGCCGUGGGAGAGGAAUCGUCCACCAUUGCGAUCCAUCAGGAGGCGCAGCUCUCAGAGGACAAGCCCGUGCGCACGCCAUUCUCAAUGAAGAUAGUCGAAGCUAAAAGGGAAGAGCGUAGCUUUCAAGACAUCGUUGAUGGCUUUGCAGCAGGUGCGGUAGCUCCUGCCAAAGCACCAGUACCAUUGGUGCGAGCCACAACCCCUGCACUCAAACCGUCCGUCGCAACGUCGCUGCCAUCGUCCACGGCACCAAAGUCUCCCAGCAGUCUCCUCUCCGGGCGCUUCACUCUAGCGCCAUCAGCUUUGACAAGUAAGGCUACCCCUUUCACGAGUACAUUUGGCGUAGGAUCUUUCUCUGCUACUCCUACUAUCUCGGCAGCACCUGCACUGCCUCUUGCACCCCCAGCUGCUUCAUCUGCAAUACCCGCUCUCACCCCUUCCUCCUCUCAGCAAGCAAUUGCAAGCACGGAAAAGCCUUCAUCAGCAAAAGGGUUACAGACUUUAUCUGAUACUGCGUCGCCUUUCAUGCCAAGGCAGCCGACUGCUCCUUUCGCUAACCCAGCACCGUCUGCGGCUAUUCUGGCGCAGGCGGGAGGGAAUCCCGUGCAAAGCCCCCUACAGGUCCUCACCACACAUCCGUUUACUGCUGGCUCCCCUCAGAACACGAAGAAGGGCGCACCUGUCAUAAUCUCCCGCCCCGAGCCCAUUGGUCAAAUCGUUAUUUCACAUCCUUCAGCAGGAGUUUCAGAACCACCAUUUACUAUACCGCAACCCAAACUGAAGCGGUCCGCCUCGGACAUCUCCGCUGCGAGCCAAAGAUUUCGCGUCUCAAUGGCAGAUAAAAUAUAUGCGCGACUUCUCGACGAGGUCGCUGUCUCGGCUGGGGAAAGCAUGGCGAUGCGCGUUGCAAGGCGAGAAAAGCUCGCUCGUCUAGAAGCUUCACGCGAGGUAAAAUUCGAGGCUGCAGGAGGCCUUCUUGCUGAACGGCUCUUCGACACCACAGCCCGGACAAUGUCCAGAGCGGCAGCACUGGAUGCGUCUGGGAAAGCUUUCAUCAGCGCAAGAACACUCGAACGUGUGUGGUCUAUCUGGUUGCGGAGGUACGAGGAGGCGAGAGAAUGGAAACGGAUCCGCCACAGGUCAACAUUGCUGCAGCACCAAGUUCAGAAUAAGCAUCAAAAGGCAACAGUCAACAAGCACCGGAUCUACGAGGAAAGAGAGGAAGGCGCAGAUGAACGCAUUGCUACCGCCUUUGCCGAGCGACACCGGCUUUGCGGUACAUUAUGGAGACGAGGAACCUUUACGAUGAUCCUUUACGACCAUUUCCAGUCCCUCUUUGAGAUUUACAGCGAUCUGUGGCCGCCGCGCAUGCACAUCAUCGCGAGCUUCGCGGGCGAUCCAGGCCAUGAGACUCAAGCGUGCUCUACAUGGUUGCGGAGAGUACUCAGCGAGGAUUGCUUCACCUUUUCAGACGGAAAGCAGACAUUCUUACUGCACGAUGGCUCUCCGGCGGCCGGGGAAUCGUCAACAGAUCCUCAACAUCGGGUUGCUCCAGUGCCUCUCGUCAUCUUUGAAUGUGCGUCAUCCGCGCAUUCAUCUUGGGCUAGUGAAAAAGCCCGCCUACACGCACUCGGCCAGAAGGUCGGCCUUCAUAAUCGGCACACCAUUUUGCGGCCAAAGAUUCUACUGCUGCGUUGGCCAUCCCAUGCGCCGCAUAUGCCAGAGCAAGUCGCGACCGAGCUGCAGCCUGAGCUUUCCGCAUGGUCAGGCUUCUUGGUGGUCUCGCUGCAAACCCAGGACCCACAGACCAUGCUUGAAUCGGCGCUGGCUCUCCUUCUCUCGUCUCUGUCAUGGACAGGUGCCGCGAUCAGAGGGCUUACUGGCAUUCUGACACAUUUUAGCGAGCCAUGGCUUCGAGCCAUCAGCGCGAGCAGCACUUGCCUCGGUCAGCUGUUGGACAGUCGUGGCGUGCAGGCAAGCGCGGCCGCUUCUCAGAUUUGGCGCAUCAUUUGUGCUCUAGGCAAUUUGCUCAUGCGUUACAUCGUUUCAGCUGCAGAAAGCGAUGGCGGCUUGGGAGAUGCCAUUCAAAUCGUUGUUCCUGAGGCCUCAGAUCUGCCGAACCGGUCAACACAAUCAGAAGCUAGGCUGGACCUACAUCACUUGAUAACACGGACGAUCGCAAAGACACAGAUCACAUUUCAGCUAGAUCUCAGGCGUCUGCAACUUGAGCUCGACAACCUGCAAGAUACAUUGACAGAUGCUCACAUUGCGGCUGUCUUAAGGCAACUGUUUGAAGCAGGCUUGUCAGGGCUCGAGUCGGGGGACUCGUAUUCGCAGAAUCUAUCAGACAGUGAUUUACUUGCGCAAGCGUCAUCCUUUUCGCGCAUCUGCGAUCAGGCUGUCCAGGAAAUCAAAGACGUGGCUGCAUCAGGCUUGCGCCCUCCCGCGAUCAAUGGCACAGCGGGGAUCAAGCGGCCGGCGCCGGACGCGACAAGAACAAACAGCAUUCAUAUGAAGAAGGCCAGACCUGAUAUGGGAGGAGUGACGCAAGUAGCGAUAGCAUCAAGUAAUCCUGCGAUUUCGCGUCUGAAAGCAGCCAUGGCAGCGUCCAAACAACUUGCGUAAUCAUGUAAUUUAGUGGUCGGCUGCAGCAUACAGAGUGGAUCA